CCACCAGCCGUUUCUUAAAGUGCAGUCCCAUCGUCGUCAAGCAUGUCCGAGGCGAUGCUGGCGUCCAACGGCAAAGGCGACAAGGAGCGGUUGACUCUGAUGGAGCGGCAAGACAACGAGACGGGGAACGCCCCUAUGCUCGCGCAGUUGCGAAUUAGUGAGCUGGACAAGCUGGUGGCACGGGUCAAACAGAAGCAGGCGCUGUGCAACGAACUGGUCAAGCACUACAACAAAGAACUGCAACACAUUGAAAACGAGUCCAAGAAGAUCCACGAGCGCUACGAUCCGUUGUGCAAACGACUGGAGCAGCGGCUUUUAGAGCAAGAGACGCAAAAGCGCCAGUACGACGAGAUCUCGAAGUCCUUUGGCGAGGUGGUGCAAAGGUUCCAUCUGUAGGUACUUGAUGUACUCAUCUGUUUGGAGUAGAUACUGCACACGACCAAGACAAGGCUAAAGAAUAGCCAGACGGACGGCAUCCGCAACCUCCGCCGCGAAGCGAACAAGGAGCUCACCGACAGCCGCGGGUUUGCCUCGGACGUAGGCAGCACUUUUAAGCAAAAAUAUCGCAAAUAACUUGAAUUUUAUUCCGAUA